GUAGAAAUGAAGAACGUCCUUUGGUACAUCACUGCUGCAUCAGGCAAGUGCAUCAGUUUUUAAUCUUCUGGUUUUUUAUUAUAUCUAAUAAAUCUUUAAAAUGGAAAUGUAAACAUCUGCUUGACAAGCUGAGCUACUAUUUCACAAAUAUAACAGUUUUAUUUCUCUCAUUUAAAACAGUUAACGUGAUAUUACCAUGUCUAUCCCUGCAGCUCUGUGCGCCGUCUCCUCACUCACUGUACGUCAGUACCAUUUCAUUUAUGACCCAAAAAACUGGACCGAAGCUCAGAGUUACUGCAGAGAUCACUACACAGACUUGGUCACCGUGAACAACACAGAUGUCAUGACCACCCUGAACAAAAUGGUCGAUCUGAAAAAAACAACAAAUGCCUGGAUUGGUUUGUACUUCGACGUGGUCAGCUGGAAGUGGAUGUUGGCAGAUAAAGAUUUUUACCAAAAUGAUAAUCCGAACUUUUCGAACUGGAUGUCUGGAGAGCCAAACACCCUGUGGUACACACCAGGUUGUGGACUGAUGUACAGUACUGGACAAUGGGUUGAUGUCUACUGUGAUGGACUCUAUAAACCAGUCUGCUCCAAUGUGACAGGACAGAACGUUGCAUUUGUCUUCAUCAACACUCCAAUGAGCUGGACGGAUUCUCAGAGGUACUGCAGAGAACACCUUACAGACCUGGCCAUUCCCAGAAACCUGUCAGAGAAUGAGAAGAUAAGAGCAGUAAUACCUGGAGGUGUGUACAGCUGGAUCGGCCUUUACAGAGACACCUGGAAGUGGUCGGAUGGAUCUAUGUAUGUUUUUAAUCGCUGGAUAUCAGGCCAACCUGAUGCCGGGGAAGAAAAAUGCACAGGUGCAAUGUUUGGUUACUCUGGUUACUGGGGGGCCUGGCCAUGUUAUACAAGGCAACCAUUCAUCUGCCAUUAUGACUCUGUGCCUUUCACAAAGCAAGUGGUGAAAGUGAAGUUAGUGGGAAACUCUGCUCUGGAUCUGAAUGACCCUGCUGUCCUGGGAAACCUACAGGCUGAGCUCAAAGAGAAGGUGAAGGAGCAGGGUGUUGCUGCAGAAAUCAAACUGAGCUGGAAGAAACAACUGGAUGGAAAGAUCUUCUACAAGGAGAAGAAGGACCAAAAGUGACAAGAAGACAUCCUGCUGAGAAGGCUUGGUUAUUAUUAAAUUUUCUAAAAUUAAACACAUGCUAAACGUAUUCUUACCCUGUGUUGGUGUAGACCACAACAAUAGUUUUAUCGCAGCUUUAGUAACACUGAAGGACUUUAAGUUGCUUCAACACAUUGUGGACCAAAAGAUUGAUGUCAAACGUUUCUUUGGUGGUCAAGCAUCAGGUUAAAAUCCUUGGAAGCAGCAGUUGGAAUAUUAUUCAAACUUCAUCCAUUGUGUUUCAAUUAGUGUGCAGCUGAGUUUACAGUUUGUUUGCUUCAUUUUUUUUGUUAAAUUUCUGUAACCCUAUAAAAUGUAUUCAUAUCUGCCCUCUGUUUCAGUAACGUAGAAAGACACAAUGACAAAGCAAACAACACUCCAGCAUCGCUGUCUUGAUCCACAGGUGUUUGUAUUUCCUUUCUCAUCGCUUCUGGGUUUCUUAUUGUCAUUUAGGACUUGCCGUAUCCAGUUGUUUAUUAUUAUCAUUAGGGUUUUGCCAACUAAUUCAUUCCUUUGUGUUUUGUUGUACUUAUUUCUUGCAUUCUUUCCUCUGUGCAUUUUGGUUUAUUCUCCUAUGUUAGAUUUAAGUUUUUCCCUUUUGGUUUGCAGAUCUCUGUGUUAAUUGGUCUCCCUCCCUCAGCUUCGCUGAUUUCAUUCUGCCACAGCUGUUCCACAUCUCCUCUGAUUAGCUCACCUGGUUUCUGUGUCAUUUUCCACCCCUGCCUCAGUAGUUAAGCUCCUUUGUUUGUUCACUGCUGGAUUCUCCUGCUAGGCUUCUGCUGGUUCCUUGUCUUGUUCCCUUUGUGUCAUCAUUGUAAGUCUCAGAUUUUAUUAUUAUUAUUAUUAUUAUUAUAAAAAAGCUAUUAACUUCACCUUUCUGCCUCUGGUUCUGUGUGCAUUUGGGUCCAACUGAAAGCCAAACAUGACAGUUACCUUAUUUAGCAGACACAGUUUGGGUUAAAAUGUUAGAAAUGAAUCAUGUUGAAUUCACUGUCAUGUAGUUUCAAAUUGUUUGUUGAAUAAA